AACCGCUGGUAUGGUCUAGAGAAAGACAACACAAAGUUAGUAAAUAAGCGAUGGUUUCCUUCUCGUAUCAAGGUUUAGCUAUCCGAUGGACUUUCUUCUUUAUGAUGUCAAGUGCGAUCGUUUAUGAAGAAUACACUACAUUGUAUUUCAACCAACUUGGUCUCAGCACAUCAGCAGUAGGAUUAGCGUUGCUGUUUGCGAUUCCAUUUCUGCCUCUAGUUCCUGUCCUUGGCCUAUUGGGUGAUAAAUAUCGGGCAAGAAAACUAAUUUUCAUAAUAUCGAUUGUGGUUUUUAUCAUUCUCACUCUCGCCCCUCUUCUCCCGCUGUUUGUUAAUUUUAAUUUAUGCGUUGGUAAACAAAGUCGUACUUUGAGUUUAAAUCAAACCAGCGCACCAGAGCAAAGCUUUUAUUCUGAAAAUGAUUCUAACCAAUUUCAAAAACGAUUCGCAUUCGCUUCUAAUAAAUCCUUAUCCCCCGUAGUAGGUAUAAAAUCCCGUCGACAGAGCAAACGCAAAGACAAGAAUCCUGGCGUACAUUCAGCAUCGGAGAAGGCUUACUCGGCUACCUUCAGUGUUCUCUUUGUUUACGUCGCUAUUGUGAAAACGUGCUUUGUUGUUGUAGAAAGAGUUCUUGGGUCGCUUUUGAACGUUGCAACUGUAACGUAUUUAAAAAAGGAACGUGCAAACUACGGCUCGUUUUACUUCUGGGCCCAAAUAGGAGCCGGUAUAUCUCUGCUAGUGGCUGGACUUUUAGCUUCUAAGCUUAAGUACGUUGUAUGUCAACAUGUUGAAGAUGGCUAUUUCGUCGUAUUUUAUCUGACAGCCCUUGCCACGACUUUAAGCUUUUUCGCUAUGCCUUGGAUUAAGUUUGAAUACUUGGAAAAGAGAGUAAUUGAUUGGGAUGAAGUGAAGAAUAUUUUAAAACAAGGACAUUAUCAGCUCAUGUUGGUGCUUGGUUUUUAUUUUGGGUGUUGCUUUGCAUACCAGCAUCACUGGGAGUACUAUUACAUUGCAGAACUUAAUGGAGGUCCCACGGUCAUGGGUAUUGGUGGCAUAAUACGUCGACCUUUUGUUGCAAUUUGGUUCAUGCUUUCAGGGCAAUUGAUAAAGAGAGUUGGUGAGCUUCAGACAAUGGCAUUCACUGUGUUCAUCUACGGAGCAGCCAUGUUAUCUUUAUCGUUGAUUACGAUACCAUGGCUUGUUUUAGUUGUCGACGUUUUUCAGUCGGCUGGAUUCGCCUUUUCGUACUCAGCGCUAACCGUCCACUUUUCCAAAGCUGCAUCUAAGAGUUCAGCUGGGGUGAUACAAGGACUAUCAGACAUGGUUUUCGCAUUUGGAAACGAAUUUGGUGCUGGAGGUAUUGGGAUAUUUUUCAGUGCUGUUGGUCCAAAAGCCACUCUACUGGGUUAUGCCAUCGUCUCUGCUGUCAUUCUAGGAAUUUAUUUGGUAUAUUUGCAAUGCAAAAAGGACCAGCUUGAUUAUUAUGAACGCAUUCAAGAUAGUGAUAGUGAGAAUGAAAAUGGCUGAUGAUGUAUACGCAGAAAACUUAACUUGCCAAACAACAUGUUUAACUGAGUAACGUUUAUUGAAAAGCAUUGACAGCAUCGCCAUAAAUGCUCUACAUAUACAAUUUCAUAUUUAGUAUAUUUUUAACAGAAAACUUUAUAUCUUGCGCGGGAAUUGUCGAAAGGAAGUGCGUCGUCCUUGCUCAGCUGAUGUGAAAUAUUAAAUAUUGGUAUCGUAAACAAUUUGGAUUCGCAAAUAAAUCUCUAUUCUACAAUGAAUACUAUAUUUUAAGUUAAAUUU